CUGAGCUUUGGGUCACGUGGCCUCACAACAUGGCGGCUUCAGUACAGGGAUUCAGAGUGAGUCGGAGCUUAGAGUGCCGCGCAUCGCUAGCAAACCAGUUUUGACAAAUGAACGGGCUUGAAUAAUAGUGCUGAUCAGCGACAUUGCUUUGAGACAACACCAGAGUGGAACACCCAUUUACCAGUUUAAAGUAGAGAGUGGCGCUAAAUGUAGAUGGGGAGUAGAUAAGACUCGGUGGGGUUCAAAGUUUAGCUCUGCAAAGCCUGUGGAGGGGAAAAAGGACCACACAUUGACAUCAAGACAGACCCAGUGUAGUGAGAGAAUUAAAAUAUAUAUAUAUAUAUUCAUCCAUCCUGUUCUGUGAGGAAGCUUUUCUUUCAUGGAAUAUCUCUGAAUGAGAGACCGGGAGAGAAGGAAGGAACUUGCCGCUGCAGUGCAGAGCUUUGUCCAGUGGAAUUAACAGCAAUAACAUGGCUAUCCUCGUUUUCGAUAAUGAUGAAUAUAGACCACCAGUAUGGAAGUCUUACUUGUAUCAGCUCCAGCAGGAGGCGCCACACCCUCGGCGAGUCACAUGCAUUUGUGAGGUUGAAAACAGGCCGAAAUACUACGGUCGAGAGUACCAUGGCAUGAUCUCCAGAGAGGAGGCGGACCAGCUGCUGAGUGUGGCAGAAGGAAGUUACCUCAUAAGAGAGAGCCAAAGACAACCUGGCACUUACACCUUAGCUUUACGCUUCGGGAACCAGACCCGCAACUUCCGCCUCUAUUACGAUGGCAAGCACUUUGUGGGAGAGAAACGGUUUGAGUCGAUCCACGACUUGGUCACAGAUGGCCUGAUCACAUUGUACAUCGAGACCAAAGCAGCCGAGUACAUCUCUAAGAUGACCAUUAACCCCAUUUAUGAGCACGUGGGCUACACCACGCUGAACCGCGAGCCAGCGCUGAAGAAACCUGCACCUGUCAGCACAGACACACCUGACGGGAAGGAGCCACCUGGGGAGGAAAGCGGCCUGGAUGAGAGGCUCAGCUCGCUGGUGCGCCGGGCCACACUGAAGGACAACGACCGAGUGCCUAAGUACGAGAAAGUCCACAACUUUAAGGUACACACAUUCAGAGGGCCUCACUGGUGCGAGUACUGUGCCAACUUUAUGUGGGGGCUCAUUGCUCAGGGGGUCAAAUGUGCAGACUGUGGCUUGAACGUUCAUAAGCAGUGCUCCAAGAUGGUUCCCAAUGACUGUAAGCCAGACCUGAAACACGUGAAGAAAGUGUACAGCUGUGAUCUGACCACUUUGGUAAAAGCUCAUAAUUCCAAGCGACCCAUGGUAGUGGAUAUGUGCAUACGGGAGAUCGAAUCGCGAGGUCUGAAGUCCGAAGGUCUCUACAGAGUGUCCGGCUUCAGCGAUUUAAUCGAAGAUGUCAAGUUGUCCUUCGACAGAGAUGGGGAGAAGGCAGACAUCUCAGUGAACACGUAUGAAGAUAUUAACAUCAUCACGGGUGCUCUUAAGCUCUACUUCAGGGAAUUGCCCAUUCCUGUUAUCUCUUACGAUGCAUAUCCACGCUUCAUCGAGGCUGCCAAGCUGACAGACCCAGACGAGCGUCUCGAGGCGCUUCACGAAGCCCUGAAGCAGCUGCCUCCUGCUCACUGUGAAACUCUGAGGCAUCUGAUGGGUCACUUAAAAAGGGUGACUCAGAAUGAGAAGGAUAACCUGAUGAACGCAGAGAAUUUGGGGAUCGUGUUUGGUCCCACUCUGAUGCGUGCGCCGGAUCUCGACGCCAUGACAGCACUAAACGACAUCCGCUACCAGAGGCAGGUGGUAGAGUCUCUGAUAAAGAACGAAGAUAUCCUCUUCUAGCCUGUCCAUCAUUCCACCUCUUAUGUGAAGGAACAGGUUGUUUUUUUUUGUUUGUUUGUUUUUUGUUUAGUUUUUUUUAAUCAUGGACUGCAGCUUGUGCUGUGUUUCUUUUAGUGCAGAGACUUGAAACUGAAUAUGAAGGACCAUUGUAUAAUAGUCCAUUCUUUCCACAUCUGGUGGACCAGGUUUAAUUGGUUAACACUAUUUUUUUGUCUUGUUUAAUGGGCGUGGAUUACGUACCUUAAAUUUGCAUGUCUUCCUCCCCAUUUUUGUCGGGGGUUACGGUAACUGAUCGGCGAGGUCUCUGCAGAGCCAGCAUUGUUUAUUUUGUGACAGUUUAGGGGUUACUGAGGAAUAAACAUAUGCCUUGGCCUCUUUCUGCAGCAUGUGUUGAAGCUCGUGAAAUCUUUCGCGUCGUGACUGUAUUUUUCUUUGUCCCAUGUAUGUACACUAGUUCCUUCUUGCCAAACGGGUUUUGUGUUUUGUGAAACUGUAAAUGUGAUCUUUCCCAGUGAUUUUUGGUGACACUUUACUUGAAAAGCUCGAAGUAAAAGCUGCUUUAGAAAACAUUAAAUCAUGAACAAGAAACUCCAGUAAACGUAUUGUGGGCUUUAUAGUUAACAGGUAUAGUAGCAGUAACAGCAUGUAUUAAUGUGGUGAAAUCCUGCUAAUCCCUGUUCUUCAACAGUUUUGAUUUUGUACUUGCUGAGUUGCUAUAUAUAAUUUUGUAUGCCCAGUGUUUUAAUAUUAGCUCAACUUUUUCCAGUUUUAAAUUUGUACCGAGUCUCUCAUAAUUGUCAUGUAACCAACAGUUAUCAAUAGCUCUUCAGGUAAAGUGUCACUGUUGUUUUGUUGGGGUUUUUUUUUAAUAAACUUGUGAUUUUUUAUUUUUAUUUUUUUUUUAUCCUUUGUCUCUGCUUAUAAUCUGCCUUUUUCAUGCAGUACCUCUUCAGAUGACUCUUCAGAGGCUCUUCAGCUCUACUGAUGGACAUUACAAUCUGUUUACUACUCAGUGUCUAUCAUAGUAGUUUGGCCUUUACAGAAAUCUCUUGCACUCCGAACAGAACUGGCUGGUGUUUUUGGUUGUAAUGUUUUUGUAUUUGAUUUGCUCAUGGAUUAAUUUAUUAAACGUUACUUUUAGAAGUA